AUGCGUAACUACCCGAAAGCACUUAAAUUUUACGAAAAGGCACAUAAAAUCUACGAAAAAUCUCUGCCUCCAAAUCAUCCUGAUUUGGCUACUUUCUACACCAACAUCGGUGAAGUGUGUAGAAACAUGGGUAACUACUCGGAAGCACUUGAAUUUCACGACAAAGCACUUAAAAUAAGAGAAAAAACUCUGCCUUCGAAUCAUCCUGAUUUGGCUCAAUCCUACAACAACAUCGCUGCAGCGUACUACAGCAUGCGUAGCUACUCGAAAGCACUUGAAUUUAACGACAAAGCACUUAAAAUAAAAGAAAAAGUUCUGCCUCCAAAUCAUCCUCAUUUGGCUAUUUCCUACAACAACAUCGGCAUGGCCUAUUCCGGCAAAGGUGACUACGCGAAAGCACUUUCAUAUCUAGAAAAGACACUUGCCAUCGAACAAAGCUCUCUUCCACCAACACAUCCAACUAUUAAAACAACAAUAAAAAGCAUUAACACUGUGAAAAAGAAAAUGUAA